CGUUCUCUCUUUCUUUCUCUCUCUCCCGCCCUUUCCUCCGGGUUUGGCGGCUCCAAAGAUUCCGCCACCCCACCCCCCCUUCCCGGCCUGCCUGCCUCCCGGUUUUCCUCUUCGCUUUUGCUGGCGGUUGCUGCUGGAAGCGCCAAGAAAGGAGGGCGAGAUUGCAAAUGCAAACCUCCCCCCGCUCCCACCGCCGCUCCAGUUCAGAAAGCGAGGACGGAGGGGCGCCUCGACCCCUUGAGAAGCAGAGCAAGCCCAACGCGCAAUCCGAAGGAGAAAAGUUGCUCCGGAGACCUUUACGCGCAAGUGUGCGCUGCGCUCCCGCACGGGUAUAUAUAGAUAGAUAUAUAUGUGUGUGUGUGUGUCGAUCAGAGAAAAUUAUAUUCCCGAUAGCCAACGUCCGGAACAACCGUAAACCUGGAUGACCUUAAUUUAUGGAGAAGCUCAAUUGUGGUUUACUUGAAGAAUGAGUCAGCAACUUCAGGAUUUGAAACACUACUAAUCAAGCUGAAAGCAAGACGCAGAGAAACCCACCAAGUUAAUCAGCAUUCUUUUGCAGUGGGAAUCCUUUCCUGGAAUUUUUUUUUAGCCCAAUUGACUUUUAAUCUUCAUUUUCCACAUUGCUGGUAAAAUAGACAUCCUGGGCUGGAGGCCUUCUUUGGAGGUAACCAGGAUUUUAUUCCCUGUGCAAUGUUCUUAAACAGAGCCAAGUCGUGGCUCCCUAGACUGUCCUGGUGGAGAGGAAAGCAGGAAGAGCAUCUGAAGGAAAAACCAGAGGUUUCAGUGAAAUGCACGGGGCCUCCCAAGGCAAGAUGGUGGAGUGGCCGCCGGCUUUUGGAAAUUAUUGGAUGGGGCCAAGGCUCAGCGACUGGAGGGCACUCGCUGUUUGCUGGGAUACCUCAACAUGUUGCUCCUCACAAGCCAUCGGUGGAGUCUCCAGAACAUUUCCAGGUUUGCUUCAACUUCACCCGACACCUCUUUGAUCUGUGUGUGGUGACUCUGCUCUGUGCAUCCUCCCCGGCUUUCCGGUUGGUUAUGGAUAUCCUGGGAUUUGGAGGACCUCUGAAGGUUUGGCUCCACGGCUUGGCCUGUUUCUUGGUCAGCGCCUAUGGGAUGUACUUGGUUCUUUGGUUGGUCCAAGAGUAUCUGUUGCAAUUUGCCUGUCUCUAUGGGUUUUUACAGACCUUGGUUUUGUGGGUCAGCAUCCGUGCUGGAUCGUCAGAGUCUCCAGAGGACAAACAAGCUGACGGACUCGAUACAGAUAGAGAAGGGGAGCAGUCUGCGGCCAAUGGAUGUAAGCAAGAAUCGCCACUAUGAGGAGGAAGAUUGUGUGGACAAUCUUGGGAUUGAAGCCCAAGAGAUUGACUGAAGUGGGCCCUGGAGGGUCAACAGGAGAAACUUUUAUCUUGUAUUUAGGAUGGCUGGACAGAAAUUGGGAGAAGAUAAAGGUAAUGAGGAGAAACAGUAUUCCUUAAAACGAGUAAUGACUCAAAAAUAAGCACUACAUCCGUAGAACUUUCCCAUAGAAAUUGUUUUAAAUUCCAGUUCUCGGUGGCAGCAAGGAAAGAAACUUAACGGAUGGGAUGUGUAAUCCAUCCAGGAUUAUCAUCACCUAGUGGGGCUUAGCAAAAAUCACAGAAGAGGUGUGAGAUUCAUCUAACUUAAAGUCAUAAACUAAUCUGAGCCUGGUUUGGGAGUUAUGGCUAGGUCUAGAGGAUUCUGGGAACUAUAGUUUUUGAGGGGAAGGGGAGACAAAUUAUGAAAUCCCUUUUUGGGCUUCUUGAUGGGAGUAAUCUUUACCUCUGGUUUGAGCCUGUAGUGCCCAGGUAAAAUAUAUUUUCAGAAGAAAGCAAAUAACAUCCAAAAUAUAGCCAAUUCUUGCAUAUUUAUAAGGGCCUACGAUUUUUCCCUGCUUUGGCAUCUUAUUGCUUUCCGGGUGACAGUGACCUGGUGAAGACCAUCAAGAACAGGCAGCUGAAAAUAAAGAGUGCAUGUUCCUAAAGUUAUGGUCUAGCCCAGGGAGGUCUUCAAACAUGGUAACGUUAAGACUUGUGGACUUCAACUCCCAGAAUUCCAUGGUUGGCUGAGGAAUUCUGGGAGUUGGUUCACAAGUCUUAAUGUUGCCCAGUUUGGAGACAUCCCUGGGCUAGCCAAUAAGCACAAAAAGUUGUCUUUUAAAAUAGCUUGGAUGGACUAAAAAUAAUGGCUCAUUUGAAAGCCUAGAGAAGAGUCAGUAGUUGGAUUUUCUGGGGAUAAAAAUCCAAUGUAUCCAAGAAUCUACCUUCUUCUGCCAGAAAUGGGGAGUAGAGAUCUACCUUCCAGAGGAUUGAGAAGUAGACAUCUGAAAGGCAGGUGGCUUUAGUGCAAUCGGCAAGAAGGGUAGAAGUUCCACAGGGGUCCUAAUCUGUGGGUGACAGGGAAUCCAGGAAGAUUAAAUAUCUAGGGGGACCCCUUUGCGGAAAACCAGCAGAAAUAGAAACCCUGAAUUCAUCCCUGAGCUGGACCUAUUGCUGCUUUUUAUGUGGGCCAAGUUGGCCAUCCUCAGCUAAUUCUAAUAGAAUUGUUGACGGGUGGGGACAGACGUUUGAAAUAACACUUCGAUUCUUCCACCCCAUUCCUCAGGGAGAAGCAGUUCUGAGCCUACAGUUUCAAUAUCCCCAAUUUGCCCGGGGCUCCCCUUUCACCAGCAACCAGAUUUUUUUUACCCAGUUUUGAGAAACUGUGGCUCUUCUCCUCAUUUUCUUGACUCCUUUCUCAUUCUUUGGCAAUAUUUAGAUCACCGAACCAGGGUCCACACACCCCCUUAUGGAAAAGAGCUGUUCUGAGCCAAAGACUCUGGUUGCUUGGUUUUAUAUUUUCCAUGCGGACAUGCAGAAUCGGUGAUUCACGUGUAUUUCCCUUUCCGCAGUCUCACUGAGCAUACAGAACGGUGAAUGGCAGCUGUCUCCAGGAUAACACAGGUCCAUCACUGAUAUGUUUUUGUAAUGUGAUUUGUUUUUAAUUUCUUGAAUUGCCUAAGCAAGUCACUCCCGCAUAGGUCAUCAACUAUCAUCAACUAUCAUGCACAGGUUGUCCUUAGAAGCAGGAAGAAUAGAAAGUAGAUGUUGGACAGCACAGGAGGUAGAAGCCAACAGAGAAGUUAGGGGGCUGGUAGGAAAAUCUAAAUAUAGGGUUGUUGCUGGGUUGUUGUUUUUUUUGAGGAAGAAUGGUGAGGAAGCUGAUUCUGGUAAGACGUGUAGAUUCCUAAUUGCAGAAGUUAAGGUUGGCAUGUUUCACUUUCUUUGAAAUGUUCUGCCACAGAAAACCCUCCUAGAUAUUUAUGACUGUAAUCUCCAUGGGAUCUGAAGUCCAAAAGGAAUCCAGAUGGAGGGCAUUAGGUCCACUGCUCUUGAUCCAGAUUCUAGCACAAAGUCCAUGCCGUCGUCUAAAACUGGAGUCUUCCAAACUUGGCAACUGUAACGACUUGUGAACUUCAACUCCCAGAAUUCUCCAGCCAACAUGACUGGCUGAGGACUUCCGGGAAUUGGAAGUCCACAAGUCUUAAAAGUUCCCAAGUUUGGCAACUCUUGACCUAGAACAAGGAUAUGCAAUCUGUGGGCUGCCAGGUGAUGAUAAACUACAAUUCUCAGCUUUUUCCAGCAUGGCUUAAAUUACCUGGCAAGGGUGGGGGUUAUCCAGUUUCAACAUUUCUCUCCUAUCAGCAAACCAUCCCAUGAGAAGUUUCAGCUUUUGGCCUACUGCAAAUCCCUUUUAUGAUACAUGAUGUGUCACUUCCACAGGCGCAGAUGCUAUGAAGUUGUGACUCAUUGAUCUUAUCCUUUAAGCAAUGCUCAUACAUUCGUUUUCCUAGAGGCAUCUACCCUCACUUCCUUCUGCCAAUGGAAUCCAGCCUUUCUCAGUGUAGCCCUUCUAUUAUCCUAUUCAACAUUCCUGGAGGUCAUCAGCUGGGGAAACCUGGGGGAUAUUAUGAUAUUUCAAAUGCAGUGAUGCCCCAUACAGUGUGCGUGGCGGCUGACAGAAUGCCAUUUCCAAACUAAAUUUGGCACGCAGGAGCUGGGAGAGGGAAGAAGGCCUCAUGACACGUCAGCGAACCUUGGGAAAAGCGAUGUUAGCAAACCCUCUUUCCAGGCUGUGGGGCUUUGGCAGCUGACUGCUCCCAUGGGUUGCCAGAACAGUGGUAUCCGUAGCGCCGCUGGUGCCUUGCCUUUAGAUGACUCAUUUUUUAUUUUUAUUUUUUUAAAAUCCCUUUUGCAAUACUGUGCAAUACAAAAGAGCCUUUCUACUUCUCCCUCUUUUCUUUUUCUCCACAAUGCACAUCUGGAGUGCAGGGCAGCCACUCAACCAGCACAUCGUCGCUCCUUUCCCAAAUAGCAAAACUCUGACUGAAGUUUGGGUGGAGCUUGUAGCUUCAAUGAAGACUAGAGGGGCUUUUACAACUCUAGGGCAAAAUCACCAGCAUCUUCCUUCCUCUUCUCCUGAGUGCAGAGAUUUGUUCUCCCAGCCCCAGCCAAGCCCCCUCCCAAAUUAGAGAACUACAAAUUCCAUCAACUCCCAUUCAUGUGCUGAUGGCUGGAAUGAGGUAGUCUAGUCCAGGGGCCUCCAAACUUGGUAACUUUACGACUUGUGAACCUCAACUUCCAGAAUUCCUCUAUGCUAUGUUGACUGAGGGAUUUUGGGAGUUAAAGUCCACAGGUUUUAAAGUUGCCAUCUUUGGAGACCCCUGGUCUAGUCCAAAGACUAGAAGGAAGGAAGAGAAUUAAUCAAGAUGUAUCUUAAGAGCUCAGUGGCUUUUAGUAAUCUUUUUUUUUUUUUUAGUAACCUCUUUCCCUUUGGCUGGGAAAAAAAAACCCCAGCCCCCACCCCAAAAAAAAAAUUUAAAAGAAGAAAGCAGCCCAAGACCGUCUCUUCUUGAGAGGCAUUUGAAAUUUGAGAUUUGUACUUUUCUUCCCCUCAAGCAGCAGAAUUAAUUCCUCCCCAAAAAAACCCUUAAAAAGAAACUGGAACUUGUUUUUUCCUGCCUUUCUGAUUCUCUCUUACAUGUGUCCUAACUUCACACCCAUAGAAGGAAAUUACAAGAUUAUUUUCUAUCUUGAUUAUUCUCUCUGUACAUAGAAUUUUUUUUAAAAAAAAUCCCUUUCUUUAUAGGCUUUAGAAGUAUUGACAUGGGAAAACUAUGACAUCCUCAUUCUUUGCCAAACUCCCAAGUACAUUUUUUUUUAAUUUAUAUAAGUAACACCUCCAAAACUGCAUGUGUUGAAGGUGUUAUGAAUUUACUGUGACAUGCCAGGCAUUUAGCCAAUAGGUACUGUGACGUUCACACCAAAACAUGCCAUUUUACCAGAUCUCUUGUACAGUAUUGUUACGUUCCCCAUUGGUGGGCUAGUAGGAUUAUACACAUAUACAGUCCUGGAUCAUUUAUUAGGAAAACUGUGAAAAAGCAUUUGCCAAUUGUG